CUUAUACCCAACAACAGGACAAACAAUUCGACGGCAGGAGAGGAAAGUUGAGUUGAGUUGCCUUCGCGGCUUGGGAGUUUAGCGGUGUUAGCUUGCGGUGGUGGCAGCAGCGCCAACCAACGUUAACCCGAACGUGUGCGUGCGUACAUAUAAGUUGCUCCCGUGAGUCAGGAUACUUACGCAUCAGAGACCGGCUUGCAAGAUGCUCGCGGCCCCGAAGAAAGACGGCGGCCCGAAUCUCAAGUUCUUCGACUCGUCGGAGGUCCUGGCCCAGCUCGACGCAGUCAAGCAGUGGCUCCUUAAGAACGCCAAAAAGUAUAUACAAACAGAUCCUCCAACAAACAAAAGCUUGUCAACGCUAAUUGUACAGAUUCUUCAAUUUCAAGAAGAUAAUCUUGGAAAGAAUGUUAAUAAACCUCCUAUGACGAAGAUUCCUAUGAAAUGCUUUUUAGACUUUAAACCAGGAGGUGGCUUGUGUCAAAUUUUAUUGACAGCUUUUAGGUUUAAGCAGGAACAAGGAUGGCGGAGAUUCGAUUUUCCGGUUGGAAAGUCUGGUACAAGAAUAGAUAGAAUGAUAGAAAUGCUCAUUGCCAUAGAGCGUGCACUAGUACAAAGUAGGUGUUUAAUUAUUCCAAAUGUAUUUGUGAAAUCUGACGUUGAUAAAGCUUCAGCUGCUAAAGUCAAAGAACUGGUACGCCGGCAUCAAGGAACAAUAGCAGAAAGUGAAGACGAGGCUACUCAUAUAAUUUAUCCUCUUGCUGAUUGUUUGGAUGAAGAAUAUGCAAGGCCGUGUUUUCGCAGAGAUCGAUUUGUUUUGUUGCACUGGUACUACUUUCCUGAUAGUUACGAUUCCUGGAUCAACUUGGAUCUUCCUUGGGAAUACCCUGAAACAACAUUAGGAAACUACGCCUUUAAAUCCACAUAUAGAGUUGGAGCUAACUGGAUCAUAGAUUUAGAACAGUACAAUGAGUGGAUGAAUGAAGAAGAUUACGAGGUUGAUGAUAACGGCCAAAAAAAAAUUCACAAAUACAGAUUAUCUGUUGAAGAUUUCAUGUCUCAAUCAGCGCCACCUUCAUCAGCUAAAAAACAAAAAAGGAAACGAUCGCCAUCUCCUCCACCAAAAAUGGGUAAAAGAAAAAGCGGACGCGGUCCUUCUGGUGUCCAAGGUAUAUCAAAUUCCUCAUCAGGCCCUAAAAAAUCCAGGGGUGGUGUUGAUGAGGAAGAAGAUUUGACAAAGGGCAUGGAGGAUCCAUUAGCGGAGCCAAGGAUAAUGGAAGUUGUGACUUCCAAUGCAACAUCAAAUUCAAGUCAAAACAGUACUACUGGAGGUGGUAUAAUUUCCAGCAAAAAACAAGACAACGAGUUGCAACCGUUAAAAUCUGGGAACAUGGCUGAUCUUGAUGAACCUGUCGAAGGGGAUAAAAGCAAUUCUCAAACUUCUCAGGACAGGGAAGAAAGAGAUCACAGCAAAGAACGAGGUGAUGGCAGUAAAAGUGACGAACCGGAAGACAAUGUCACGGAACAAACUCAUCACAUUGUGGUGCCUAGUUAUUCAGCAUGGUUUGAUUACAAUUCCAUUCACACAAUCGAGAAGCGAGCUCUUUCCGAAUUUUUCAACGGCAAAAACAAAUCCAAGACGCCAGAAAUUUAUUUAGCAUACAGGAAUUUCAUGAUUGACACCUAUCGCUUGAAUCCCACUGAAUACAUCACUUCGACGGCAUGCAGGCGUAAUUUGGCUGGCGAUGUUUGCGCUAUCAUGCGCGUACAUGCCUUCCUCGAACAAUGGGGCAUGAUAAAUUAUCAAGUGGACGCUGAUUCCCGGCCUACUCCCAUGGGUCCACCACCUACAUCACAUUUCCACGUGUUGUCGGAUACACCUUCUGGUCUUGCUCCGGUCAAUCCCAAUCCACCUAAAACGCCUCAGCCAUCUGCAGCCAAAGCUCUUUUGGAUCUCGACAAGAAACCCGUGAUUACGGACGAAAAGCUUGCUGCUGCAAUCGGUCCAAUGGCAAACUUUGGCCUGAAAAUCGACCAGUAUUCAAAGAAACCCGCUGUUCUCAAGAAUAAACAAGCAGCGGGAGCAACGCGUGAUUGGACGGAGCAGGAGACACUUCUACUGCUUGAGGCCCUUGAGCUUCACAAAGAUGACUGGAACAAAGUAUGCGAGCACGUCGGUUCGAGAACUCAGGACGAAUGUAUCCUACACUUUUUGAGAUUGCCAAUAGAAGAUCCUUACUUGGAGGAGCCCGAGGGAUUAGGUCCGCUGGCAUAUCAGCCUAUACCGUUCUCAAAGGCUGGUAAUCCUGUCAUGAGUACAGUGGCCUUCUUAGCAUCUGUAGUUGAUCCAAGGGUAGCGGCAAGUGCUGCAAAAGCGGCAAUGGAAGAGUUUGCUGCAAUCAAAGAUCAAGUGCCUCCUGCUUUAUUGGACCAGCAUUUAAAGAAUGUACAAGCAAGUGCCAAUUCAGAUGGUAAAUUUGAUCCAGCAGCUGGUCUUGCACAGUCAGGAAUUGCUGGCACAGGUCCCCCUGAGCCUCCCGAAGAAUCGAAUAGUAAUGCGAUGAAUGCUUCGAGUCAAGCCUCGUCGACCGUAGCUGCAACUUCCCCCCAAUCUACAGCUGGAGCCGAUGGCACCAAAAAAGAAGAGACAACUACCGAGAAGCCCAAGGAAAGUACUACCAGUGGUAUUGGUAAUGACACUGAAACUCUUGUUACAAAAAUAGAAGAGACCUCGAGCAGCGAAUCACCUGCAGAAGUUCCAAAGAAGGAAUCGGAAACACCGCCCGCUGAGAAUGAAAGCAAUGAAAAACCAGUAGCGCAGCCACAAGAGCCUGAAAAAAUGGAGGUGGCAACACCUAAAGAAGGCGACGAAACCGAAUCCAAAGCAAGUGAAGACGACAGUGAAGUAAGCAAAGACAAAGAAAAGAAGGACAAGAUUGUCAGAGAUGCUCAACUACAAUCAGCAGCAGCUGCUGCCUUAGCUGCUGCUGCUGUGAAAGCCAAGCAUUUAGCAGCUGUAGAGGAAAGGAAAAUAAAAUCCCUCGUUGCUCUUCUUGUUGAGACUCAAAUGAAAAAACUCGAGAUUAAGUUACGUCACUUUGAAGAGCUGGAGACGACGAUGGAGCGAGAACGAGAGGGUCUAGAAUACCAGAGACAACAGCUAAUCACGGAACGACAGCAAUUCCAUCUCGAGCAACUGAAGGCUGCAGAGUUUAGAGCGCGGCAGCAAGCACAUCAGCGACUUGCUCAAGAGCAACAGCAACAACAGCAGCAGCAGCAACAACAGCCGCCAUCUCAGAAUCAGCAUCAGUCACCUUGGCAACCAGGAGGUAACUCGGCAGGACAGACCGGAGCAUCUGGAACUCAUUCACAGCAAGCAACUGGCGUGUCGCAACAUCAGGCUCCCGCGACGCCUUCUACGCCACAACAGCAACCGCCGCAAGUGACACAGCCACCAAGUCCGCAGACAACGCAGCCGCAUACGCCUCCACAACAGGCGGCGUAAAGUUCCUUUCGAAGAUGCUGACAUGUGUCACGUGGAAUCAUGUUGUCGUGAGGCCAAAAUGGCAUUUAAAGAUAACGAACAAGUUUUGUAUGAAGGUGGUAACCUGCAGCUUGCGACUACUAAUUUUUUUAAAAAAGAAAAGGCCAACAGGUGUACCGCCAGAGGACUCGUUUCUUUAAUUGCAUUCGAAACACUAAGAUGCGUUUAGAUUGUAACCAUCAGAUUUUUUUUCUCAGGAUGAAUAGAAUAAUGUGGAAAAAAUAAUGGUUAUUGAUUUCAAAAAUUGCGCUAUGGGCUGAAAUGACAGCGUUUUUGUCAUUCCGUUUAUUGUAGAUAUUUAACAGGCGUUAGGCUUAUCGAAAUUUCUCAAAUUUGUAGUAAUGAGAUUUAUCCAAGUCAAUGAAGAUUAUUACAUAAUUUCUUUUUACUAAACAGCAUUUAUUUAAAUGUUCUAUUUUUUUCACAACUACAUAAAAAUUUACAGGCAUUAAUUAAAUUCAGAUUUAAUGUCCAGCCAAAGCGUGCAAUUGAAUUUUAAACUGCUUUUACGCGUAUAAUUGAUAAACAGAAAGUAAUUAUUUAAAUAGAAUGCGAUCGUGAAAGAGUCGAACUCAUUUUUGUAGAAAGUGAAUGAAGCUAUGGAAUGUUUCAAAAUAUAUGUUAGUGAAAAAAAAAAAAUUCUGUUUUAUCAGUGUAAAACUUGAAAAGAAGAGACUUUGUUUCUUUACUUACCUUUUAAUACGAUGUAUUAUUCAAAAAGUAAUUAUUAGAGAGGGGAAAAAAAAGAAAUGACGAAACAAAAAAGGCAAAAAAUAUUGUGAAUGAAUGUUAUUCAAGAGUAAUGAGGCGUUAUUGUUGGCACCCAGUUUAACUUGGUGUAAUUUGAGAAACUGCUAAAAGACAACGGCAAUCAUUAUUUUAUUUCAAAUCUUGACUAAAAAUUUUCAUGUUCAUAAGUUGUGUAUUUUGCAGUAAAAUUAAUGACACUGUAAUUUACCUGGAGACUUUAUACAAUAUACUAUUGGUAAAAGUAUACAACGUAAAUUUACUCAAUGAAACUUACAAAAAAAACCUUCUUUUUUUAUGAUAAUCGCCGGAUCAACGUAACUACGCUGAGUAUGACAUUUUUUUUUUUAAGGGAAAAAGGUAAACUACUUAUACAUAAAAGUCUGAAGACUCCAAAAUGUGAAUUCUGUCUCCCUGAAACUCAACCAAAUUUGUCUAUUUUACAUCUAAAUAUAAUGAAUAUUGAUAAAAUUGUAUAUUUAAAAUAUAAAUAAUUCGUUUGAGUUCUGUCUGUUCAAUUUGUAACUGUAGAAAAAUAAUACAUUUAUUGCUAAAUUUUAA